AUGGCGGCGGCGGCGGGGCAGGCGGGCGGCGGGCCGGCGCCGCUCGAGGAGCCGGCGGGCUCGGCGGAGUCGGUGGUCACCAGCAGGACGCCGGUGCCGGCCGCGUCACCCGGGAGCCCGCAGCAGCCCGCCGAGCCGGGCCUGUGGGAGCGGAUCGGCGAGGAGAUCGAGGCCGAGAAGCCUUCCUUUCCAGAAGGGCUCAAGGUGAAGCAGGAGGUCGCAAGCACUGCCUCCCUGGAGCACGGUUUCUACGGCUUCAACGCACAACACCUCCAUUCCCUGCCUCGCGUGCCCGGCGCCCCUCACCAGCCCUGUUCUCAGGUGAAACCCGAGGAAGUCGACCCCCAGACAUGUUCCCCCAAGGAGUACUUGGAAAAGUUCGUCUUCCCGACGCUGCUUCCCGGGAUGGAGAGUCUGCUGCACCAGGCGGAGAAAGAGAAGUGCUUCGAGAGGAAGAGGACCAAAUUCAUUGCCUGUGACUAUCUGACCCAGUGGCUGUACAAUCAGAAUCCUAAGCGGGCUGCGGAGCCGUUCACGGAAUUCUUCUCCAUCCCCUUUGUGGAGCAGUGGCUGAAGGACCACCCCCGGCCCCCCAUCCCGCUGUCCCUGCUGCUGUCGGAGGAGCAGGCGGCUCUCAUCAUCCAGUCCUUCUGGAGAGGCUACCUGGUGCGCUGUCACCCCGAGAUCCAGGAGUUGCGUCACUGGCAGAAGCAGCUGCGGGAGGAGAAGCACAUUCGCCAGAGAAUCCAGAUGUUCUGGGCCAGACAAGAGAAGAAACUGCACUGCAGGAUGGAGGACAGCUAGGCAGCCCGGCCAGUGCUGAUCAAGGGCCGCGUCCAGAGCCUGCGCCCCUGGCUGGGUGGGGUUCGGCAGGUGACGGCGGCGUCUCUCCUGGCACAAGCAGGACGCCCCACAGACCUGCUCUAGGGCCCUCCGGCCUACGAAAGAGCCCGCCUUCAUCUCCUGCUCACGCCAUUCCCAGGUCUUUCCCCUUUGUGUGUGUGGGGGGGGGGGGUAGGGGGGCUCACAUCUGGCAGUGCUCUGUGCUCUGCACUCAGGGAUCUACUCCUGGCCAGCCUGGGACCAUCUGAGGGACCGGGGAUCGAACCUGAGUCAGCUGCAUGCAGGGUGAGCACCCUCCCUGCUGUAUUACUGCUCCGCCCCCUCCCCACCCCGUUUUUUGCUUUUGUUUUUUAAAUCCUUUAUCUGGAAAUUUCUUCCCCAUUCCUCAUCAACCGUGUGAUGAUAAUGUUCAGUGGGGUUUGCAUGGGGGGCGGGGGGGGGGGCUCUAGUUUUGUUCCCGGCUCUGGACCACUAAGUCCCUGACCUCUGCAGGCGAGCGCUCUCCCAAUAAUAAAUUAAACGGGCAUUCUUCCCCGUUUCUGCACCUUGCUUGUCGCUCGCUCUCCCCAUUUCCAAAGGGGACUGGCCCUUCACUAGUGGGUUAGCCGUCCACUCGGGGUGAUGAGACCAGGCAGGGACCCAGGACAGGCCACGGGGUUCCGUGGCCCCGGCCCGAGGUGCACUGGAGAGGGUCUGGUUUUGUGGGUUUUGUGGGGUUUUGAGGAGGUGCGUCCUGUGCCAGGGGUGGGCGGGGACUGGGCCUCACCUGUCCCUUCCCCGGCCACCCCUGCCGGGGGCCGCCCGCAGGCCCUUGAUCCCAAGCUGGUGCCGGGUUGCUGGGACACGCUACCACACGUCUCACGUAAAUAGUAAAGCCUUUAUUGUUGUGUUAUGAACAGCGUUUGGAAAAUAAAACCUAUCCGGCCCAUGCUUGACAAUCUCUGAAAUGCACUGGAGUUAUUUGUAGACAGUCAUUUAGGGGUACACGUUGAUUGUUCGGAAAUCUCUUCAAAAAUUUUUAAAAUAUAUAUAUAUAAUAUCUAU